ACUAGACGAAGAAAGGAAGUAUGAACGACGGAGAAAACAAGUACCAACUCGGAGACCUGACAGGUUGACAGGCUCGGCUCUUGCGUCAUAUUUGCGCGCCAUCUGCCUCGCUUCUUUGGAGGACAUUGAACAUGGGACACCUUGGAGCUGUAUUUCUUCUGGUCGUGGGUCUCUCCUUCCAUGUUUGGGGCGCUGCGGGUCACUUUGUGCCCGCCUGUCACCAGCAGCGAGAAUUCACGUGCAGCGAUGGCGCAUGCAUCUCCACUCUGAAGGUGUGUGAUGGACAUGCAGACUGUGAGGACCGAUCGGACGAACUCCACUGCAGCCAUGUGUGGUGCACCAAAGGUGAGUUUGCCUGCCAGAGCAGAAGGUGCAUAUCGAUGGAUUACUUAUGCAAUGGUGUGGAUGACUGUGCCGAUGGGAGCGACGAGACUUCCUGCAUGAACUGCACUACUGGUUUCUUUUCCUGUGGGCCGUCUGACGCCUGCCUGCCUAGAAACAGGGUCUGCGACAGGCGGACUGAUUGCCGAGAUGGACGUGAUGAGACCGGGGAGUUGUGUGGUUUAGCUCAAACCCUCCCGCAGGCGUCACCGAGAUGUGCUGCGUCGGAGUUUCCAUGCAAGAACGGCCACUGCAUCCGUCAUAUCUGGAGGUGUGACCAGUCGGAAGACUGCUCUGACGGCAGCGACGAGGAAAACUGCGAUCAGGACGAGUGUCUGGUCAAUAAUGGCGGCUGUUCUCAUUAUUGCGUGGAUCAGCCGAUGGGUUUCUUCUGCAGCUGCCCCGACAACAUGAAGCUGGUCAGUGACAGCCAGUGUGAGGAGGUGGAUGUGUGCCUGGAGAGGGACACAUGUGAUCAACUGUGUGUGCACAAUAACAGCAGCUUCACCUGUGAGUGCCAAGAGGGCUACAGGAUGAAUGCAACAACUGGAGAGUGCAAAGCUGAAGGAGAUGAAGCUCAGCUGGUCUUCACCACUUCCAAAGGGAUCCAGCUGAAAAACAUCAGCAGCUCUGAGUACAGGGAAGUGGCACCGCAUGUGCCAGGGCCUCUGGCUGUCAUGAUUUCUAACCGCACACUAUACUGGGCCCAACAAGGAAGAGUCUCCAUUUACAGGAUCUCCAUGGAUAGAAAGCCACAGGAAAAUGUGUUGGUGCUGAAAGUCCAAGAUUCGGUAACGAGCAUGGCGGUGGAUUGGAUCCACCAACUUCUCUACUGGACCAGUAUAGAGAGGGGGUGGGUUAGCGUGGCCUUUCUGGAUGGUUCAGCUCAUCAGCGGCUCAUCACAGGGCUCGACAAACCCUCCGCAGUGGCUGUGGAUCCUCUCCGAGGACUGCUUUUCUGGGCAGAACGUGGCGGCUCCCCAAAGAUCGAAAGCGCCGGUUUGGACGGCUGCGACAGAAAAGCUCUGGUCACUUCCUCAAUACGCCAGCCUGUAGCCCUCUCUCUAGAUAUGCCUCGGCAGCUGCUGUACUGGUUUGACGAGGGAAUGAGAAGAAUCUCGAGAGUAAAUCUAGACGGUCGUCAGCGUAAAACGGUGGUGGAGUCUAACGGCUAUCUGGACAGGGUGUUUGGACUGUCUGUGUUCGAGGGAUUUGUAUAUUGGAGUGACGAAGUUACGCGAUCCAUCUGCCGAGCAAACAAACACAACGGCAGAGACUUCCAAGUGCUUCUGUCUAACGUCACCUCGCCAGGUCGUGUGCUCAUCAUACACCCUGUUCUCCAACCAAAAGGACCCUCCGUUUGUGGACGUCCAAGGGCAGUUUGCCUUCACGAGUGUGUCAUUGACUUGCUGACUCAGGGCCCAAAGUUCAGCUGUGUUUCUCCAGAAACGGGAAGAAACAAAACAGAGGAAAUUCCUGCAAUCUCUCGUGCAGUUCCUGCAACAGCUUUAUCGGAUCCUACAUUUGUGGGAAUCCUUUCUCUGAUCGGUGAUUCUCCUAAGACGAUUACCUAUAUUAUUCUGUUCCCUCCCAGACCGUGCAAUAUUACCCAAAGUGUUCCUCAGUGUCCUGCUGGUGGGAAUGGCUGUGUGGUGGUGGAGGAAAGAAUUACAACCUUACAGGUCUCUCACUGUGCCGAGCUUCUCGCUGAAGGAAUCCCAGGACCCCCUCAUCAGUCAAGAGCCACCGAUGGGUUUAGACACACAUAUGGUCAAGGAAACUUUGCUUAAGCGGGACUUGGACGGUGAGUGAAGGUUUGACACAAGUGAUCAGCUGACUGGGUUUCUGCCGGUGAACCUCGUGGUGUCCUAACCAGGCAAAGACCUCGGAGCUGAUAGGACAUCAAGGCAGCAAGCAAGCCUGGCUGAUUGUUCCAACUCCCCUGGAAAUUUAAAUCUGUGAUCUGGGAUAAAUAUCUGCAUUUGAAGAGGAGGAAAAGCCUUCACUUUUUAGGAUAUUUUUCACAUACCUCUCGCAACUCACUUUGUUUUUGUUAAAGUCAUAGUUUAUUUACUUAAUGGUGAACAAGCACAUCCAGUUUCUUUUUCUUUAAGUAUAUCUAAGAAAUGUUCAUCAGGUUUACUGUUAAGGUCUUCACAUUUCCAUGUGAACUGAAGACGAGGUGAAACUAUGUGUAUGAAGGACACUGGCAGUGAGAUCAUUCUGGUAAUUGACAACACAGUUUGCUGGUUUCUUUGAUAUGUUUUGCACUUUUGAUCAAAGAGAAUGAGCAACUGGAGGACGAGGUUUCACAGAUGAAAUUAUUUAGUCACUAAUAUUUGUUCAUAUUUGGUUUAGUUGCAUCUUUUUACUGAAUGUUUUGAGUACUUUUUGCCUUAUGUUCAAUUCGCCAAACUUAACUCCAGCAGUAUUACAAGUUUUACUUCCUCACAUCAAGCAGGAAUCAUGCGAGCAAAUGCAUUAAUUUCUUAGACAUUUAGUUUGGCACAUUGUAAAGAGCAUCACCCAAUGUAUGCAUAGUCCUGUUUACACACUCGGUGUGAAUCCUGCAGGGUACAAAGUGCAAAGUGUAGAAGGUCACUCUUGUGUGUUUUCACAGACUGGAUUAAAGCUGAAAGUUAAAUAUUGAUCUAAAAAAUCCAUCCCUACCAGGAUGUUGUGUUUUUUUUUUUUUUUUUUUUUUUUUUUUUUUUUUUUUUUUUUUUUCCCCCCUUCGGCUUAGUUCGAUAACGUUUUGAGAGUUUUCAUCAGUGUUUGACUGCUUUCCCAUUUUCUACAAUAUAACAUCAACUAUCUAGCAGCCACUUUUGUGCAGCACACGUUUUAUUACCAGCUCAGAAGCUGGCUGAGUUAAACAUUUCAACAUUCCUACCCUGGCUUAUGGCAUCAUUUGGAAUCUGAAUUCAGUUUAAAGUGACCUUUAAAUAAGUAAAUGAAUAAAGGGCUUUUUUCUUAGUCCAUUACCGAGAAGCAGUGCCAACUGUUAGAAAACAAAUAACUGUAUUUAUCCCAGUUUUCUUUAAAAGGGAGAAAUAAGUGGUAGCUGGUUCGGUGGCAGCAGUACUGUAACGUAGUGUAAGAAGUCGAAGGAAAAAGGCAAAUAGGAUUUGUGUGUUUGCAGGUUUGGGGGUUUCUUCAUGUUUUUUUUGUUUUGUUUGUUUGUGCAUUGAUGCGGUUGUGGUUGAUGCUGUUGAAUGGUUGAAAUGCCUUAUCUGAUUUCAGUCUCUUGUUUUGUUUUUAUCUGUUGUACCUUAAAAAAAAAAGAUCUAUUGGCAGCAACUGACAAACUGCUGACUUGUAUUGUUAAUAUUUAUUUUGGUGGGUUUAUUUAUUUUACAAUAGUAUUGCAGCUGCUUUAGUGCUGUCUCUGUACUUUACAUAAUUCUGUUAAUUGCUAUAAAUGAGUCAAAGAAUUUUAUGUUUUCCUACAUUUGAUGUUGUUGCAUUUUGACUUCAUUGCUCUCUGCAUGGAAACUAUGAAAGUUUUAGCUAAUCCAAUCGUGACAAAGCACCAUUUGUACCGAAUGUCAGGAGCCUCCUGCAGCUCUGUCUGCACUGCAACGAUCUGGUCUGUUCGGAGUUAUUAAUUAAAACAGAGUUCAUUAAAUA